AUGUCGCAGCAAGCGGCGUACCUGCUGCGCGAGUUCCUCCAGAGCACCAACUGGUCGACCUGGGACAACCACUACGCGUCCUUCACGCACCCGACGCGCCAGCUCCUCGACUUCUCGGUCCCGACCGGGCUCCACCUCUCGACGUCGUCGCGCCCGACCCUGGGCCUCACGCCGGGCCUCACCCUCUCGAGCCUCCUGUCGUACCUGUUCACGUCGGCGCCCUUGUUCCCGACGAGCACCAGGCGCAGCGCGGUCGGCGCACAGCGCAUCCGGUUCAAGGACGUCGUGCAGAGCUUCCCGCUCGGGAGCGUGCCGGCUCGGCCAGAGCUGCGCGAGGACGCGCUCCCGACUUGGAGCGGCGGCGAGAGGGUCGACCGUGCAGCAGACUACCUCCUGUACGGCCGCCUGUACGCCCCGACGCCCCGCCUCGACGCCCUCUACGUCCACCGCUUCGCCCCGACCCUCCAAGCCCUCGUCUCGCUCAUCACCGUCCCCUCACCCGCCCCGGCCCCGACCCUCUCUUGGGAGUCGCCCGACCCCUCCGAGCUCGAGCUCAAGCUCCAGCAGGACACGGGGCGGUGGAGCGCAGAGUACAGCUAUGCGGUCGGCGACGGCAUGUGGGGACUGCGCGGGCUGUACAACUUUGGGCGGUCGGGCGCGCCGGGAGGAGGAGCGGGCCUCGGCGUCGGGGAGGAGCCGCCCGUCGCGCUCGAGGGCGGUGUCGGCGGCGGCGGCGAGGUGCCGGCCGAGCAGGACGAGGGCGGCAGCGACGGCGACACGCCCGGCGGGCUCAAGGGCCGCUGGUCGGCCGGCGGCGAGAUCUACUUCUCGGCGCAGGAGCGCUCGGCGGGCGUCUCGACCGGCGUCCGGUUCGUCACCGUCCCCGAAUCGGCCGGCGGGCCCGCCCAGCCCCCGACGUACGCGACCGCGACGCUCAACCCGAUCAUGGGGCAGGUCCAGGCCGGGUACGCCGUCCAGGUCGGGCGCGACGCGAGCCUCGCGAGCAGGUUCGACUUUAACCUGUACUCGUACGACGCCGACUUGACCGUCGGCGGCGAGUGGUUCUACCGCCGCGCUCCCCCUCCUGUCGCUCCUCUUCCUCUUUCUCCACCGCCGUCGACGAGGACGACGCCGAGCUCGCCACAGGACACGGUGCUCGGCGUCCUAAAGGUCCGCGCGUCGACGAGCUCCAUGGUGGCCCUCCUGUGGGAAGGCCGCCUCGGCGACUUUCUCGUCUCGGCCGGCCUCGUCGCCGACCUGCGCCAGGCGACGCUCAGCCGAGGACGCCGCAGCCCGAUCAGCAGCGUCGGCAUGUCGCUGUCGUACUGGGCCUGAGCGUGCGCGUGCGCGGGGCGAGGGCGCGACGAGGAACGAGCGCGCAUGAU